UGGAAGACCUGUCCAUCUCUCGCUCCUGAGGGGUGCCCCAAACCCUGGCUCUUUCCCUUGGUUGCUCCUCCUUUCUGUCCCCUGUAUCUUAUGCCUACCACUGCCUGAUUAGUCUUUCCAGGGGCCAGUUUCAGGGGGUGCUCCAUAAUAGGACACAGGAUCUCUUUCGUCUGGUAUCAAAACUCUUAAAUGGAAACAAUCUUCUCUGUUACCCCAUCCCAUUGUUCUAGCCUCUCCCUCCCAGGUGCCUCUGUGUUACAGCAAACUGGAGAGACUUGUUAUUUCCAGAGCACUACCACUAGUGUCUUGGUUCAUUCCUUUGUUCAUGGUGUUCCCUCUUCCUACAAUGCUUUUCCAUCACAUUUCCCAAACGUGAGAGCAGUAGCCAUCUUUGAAGACCCCGUCUGAAUGCCUCUGUGAUUUUUCUCCAAGGAGACACUGGAGACACUAGACCUGAAAGACCCCGUUCUCUCCCUGGGCCACCUCAGCACUUUGUCUUUACCUCUUGCUUGGCACGUUCCGUAAUUCUGUGCUCUAGAAGAAGUGGGUGUUUUUCCUCUGUACUUUCCCUCUUUGAGGAUGAGGACGAGGUUUCUUCAUUGCUGUCGUGGUGUUUGGCCUCUAGUACGUGUGAAUGAAUGGCUGGUGCACAGAAAAUGAUUGGGCUACACUCAGGAAACUUCCGAGAGGCUCCCAGCCCCUACCAGGUGUUGGACAAUGUGCUAAGUGCUAGAGUCCAGGGUAGAUAAAGACGAGAAGGUAGCCUGCUCUCAGGAGGCUUCAAUUCUGCAAGGAGGUGGCAAAAACACAUCAUCCAUGGCCUUCUCCCUGCAGCCAGCAUCGCACCAAAGCCAGCUGUGCCCCGGACACCUCCUCCCCGCAGCCCUAACCCCUCUCCAGAGAGACCAAGGUGAGUCUCAGAUCUGCUCUGGCUGCAGUCAUUCUAGCAACGACAUUGACUGGCCGAACCGUUGCCAUUCCUCAGCCUCGUCGGAGAUCCCGGUCUGAGAGUGACACGACUUACGUUGAGAAGGACAGUUUCAUCGAGCCCUAUGCCACCACCUCAGAGAUGAGGCAUCAACUAAAUUGGCAGAGCGAGAUGGAAAAAAGAGCUUCUUUGCCAUCCUUUGAAAUGCUGGGCUACGGAGAGGAAGAGGACACUGACUCUCACCUGUCCUCCAGCUGCAAGGAGUCAGGGGACGUCAGUGCCUGCAAAGAAGACGGAGGCAUUGGUGAUGCUGUAUAUGCCGUGCCACACAGAAAUCAGGUUCCAUUGUCACAUGGGGUGGACAGUGAAGAUGAGGAAAAUAUUUCUGAGCAAGAUGGGUUUCCGGACUCCCCUCUUAUGCCACAGUGUACGCAAGAAAAAGAUGGUAAAUAUUCUGUUCUGAAUUUGAAGGAUGAAAAACCACCAUUAUGUGAAAAACCUCCACCAACCCCAGGUAUAACUGGCAAAACACGUCAACGAUAUACAGAAAUAACCAAACAAAAUUUGGAGGAAUUAAAAGAAGAAAAUUUGCAUCUGAACAGUACAAACCAGACCCUUACUCUUGAACUUAACAUAGUCAAACGAGCAAUGAAGGAACUACAAUUAAAAUUUAAGAGAACAGAAAAAGAAAAUAGAAAGCUGAAAGAGGCUGAGAAAGCACCCUCUCAGGAAGUUGCUGCACCUGAAUUACUUUAUCUAAGAAAACAAGCUCAAGAACUGGUGGAUGAAAAUGACAGGUUGAAAACGACUAUCCAUCGUCUGAAUGUAGAACUGAGUAGAUAUCAAACAAAAUUCAGGCAUUUAUCCAAGGAAGAGAGUAUAAAUAUCGAAGGCCUCCCAUCAAAUGGCCCUAUACCACCCUGGUUGUUGGAUGUAAAGUACCUGUCACCCUUGUUGCUGGCUUAUGAAGACAGAAUGAAAGAGAAGGACGAACUCAUUGCCACUCUUCAGGAGGAAAUGAGAAUAUUCAGGAUGCGAGUCCAAGAAGUGGUGAAAGAAAAUGAAGAAUUGCACCAGCAGUUGAAUAAGAGUAGUCCUAUUACCAAUGAGGAAUGGCAUCAGCUUCAGACUCAGGCAGAACUGGUUUUAGAGGAAAACAGGUUGUUGAUAGAGCAGUUGGAGAUUCAGCAAAGAAAAGCCAAGGACACCCACCAGGCGCGUCUCCAAGAAGUUUCUAAACUGACUAAGCAGCUAAUGCUUCUGGAGACAAAAACACAGAGCCAGGAAAAGGAGCUAACUGCAAACAAGGAGCAGUUGGAAGGUUUACGUACCGAAUGCCAAGAACUAAAAACACAAUUGGAUGGCAAGAUCGCAGUGAACGUUCAUGCUUCAAUUGUAAAUGAAUUACAAAGCCGGUUGCAGAAGGAAGAAGAGAAAGAAAGUGCUGAGAUGGAAGAGUUGAUAGAAAAGUUGGCGGUCCUGCAAGUGCAGAGAAAGAGCCUGCUGGCUGAGAAGAACAACCUGACAGCCAGAAACAAAGCUCUGGAAGCUGAACUCAAAAGGGCACAGAAAAUAAAUAGGAGAUCUCAAAAGAAAAUUGAUGUCCUCAAAAAGGAAGUGGAAAAAGCCAUGAAGGAUGAAAUAUCUGCUCACCAGUACCUGGCAAAUCUUGUUGACUUGGCAGAGAAUAUAACCCAGGAACGUGACAACCUUAUGUAUUUGGCCAAAUGUUUAGAAAGUGAGAAACAUGGAGCUCUCGACAAAAUCGUAGAGAGCAACAUUCGUUUGGGAAGGUUAGAGGAAAAAGUUAAGGGGUACAAGAAGCAGUCAGCACUGAAGCUGGGUGACGCUAUUCACCGUCUGACAGAACAGCAGGAGGACUUCGCUAGCAAGACAGCUCAGUACCAGCAGGAGAUGAGGUAUCUCCAUCGGAUGCUGCAGGACAAGCAGGAUAUCCUGGACGAGGCCCUACAGCAGAAAAGGUAAGGCUGCCCCCAGCCCCUUAUCAUGUCUGUUUU